GAUUCGAGUAAUCCUUGGAAAUCUUGAUGAUUUACAUCCAUUUUCUACAGAGCACUUCACUGUUUUUCCAUGUAUCCUUUCUUUCCUACUCGUAAAAGAAAAGAUGCAAUGACUUGUAUCCGUUGGGCAUUGUUUAAUUCAACAUUCAUGUCUAACUGUGUGCAGAUCUUUAGCUGCAGUACGACUCCUUUGAGCUUUGCAGUUUUACAUUAGCUGAAGAUCCUCCUCAGUUGUUGCCUUCAGCAGAGAGAGAACUGAUGUGAAAAGUGUUUUGCAGUGUUUUCAGGUGAACAGCCCUGCGUUCCAAACCUAAUUGAGCCAGAGAAAAUGAACUUGUGUACAUAAGGUCACAGGAAGCCCACCUAAUGCAAUUGCAAGCAAAGCUAGUGCAUUGCUUCAAAAGGGUAAUAAAAUGUAAACCACUCCUUCCAGGCUCAGCAACAUUGGCCCACUAGUAGAGAAGACCGGAGUAGAUUUCUUGUAAGGUGCAUGAGGAUUAAAUACUGUAGUUGCUGUAGUGGAAAGGGUUAAAAAGAAAUUACUCUUCUGAGGCUCUUGUUGAAGAGAAAAGUAAGUUAGUUGAAUGAGAAGCCUUUUCAGCCCUAAGGUGUGUCAGUUUGUGAAUCAGGUCAGGCCCUCUGGCAUCACCUCCUGUGGUUCUGAGUGCCCAGGAGUAAUGAACACCCACGUGUUUCCACCUCCACGGCAUUCCCUUCCAGUCUCGGAAGACUGUGCUGUUGCUGCAGCUCGUGACAGCAGGGAAGAACGAGGUCAUCCUCUUCCUUUGUCAGAAACAGAUUUGAGUAGAUGGGAGAGAGUAUCAAAGAUGAGAUUCAAACAUGAGAAUGUCCAUCUUGUGCCUUAUCCCUACAUUUGCACUAUGUAUCUAGAACUCAACUCGUUUCAGCAGAACGUCUCUUGUGGUAAAGAAGUAAAAAAGGAGAGUGAUGAGCUUGUCGAGAGAAAUGCAGUGUCAGAAAGUACUACAGUGGAGAAAACAGUGAAGAGGAGAAGACUGGAAGUCAGAGCAGAGACCUCAUGCCCACAGCCGGGUACGGACAGACCCAGAGCCGAGUGUGUUCACCACAUGAAUACAGCAAAGCAUGGAUUUGAAAAGAAUCACUCCAGAGAAAACGAGUGUGAGUUUAGUCCUGCGUCCCGUUCCAUGGGCUGUAAUCACAUGCGUUUCUGGGGACCUGUGGAGCCUGACCUUGAACAAAGAGCAGCAGCUGGUCAGGCGGAGGGUGCCGUGCAGCUCGUGCAGCAAAUGGCCCAAACGGUAAACAAGGGAAACGUGGAGCCUGAAGGAAGAGGUCGCUCAGCGUUCUGGAGAAGCAUAAUCUUUUUGCCACUACAGCAUCUUUUUGGUGGAAAGAACUGAUCUGGAGGUACUGACCUUUUGUGGAAAGGUAAACUUGUAGCGUGAAUGUUGGGUUGUAUUGUUUCCUUUGUAAUUCAGCUUUUCACAUUGCUUGUCUCAGCUACUAAAUGUUUUACAUUAAGUUCUACUUUGUUCACAUUUCCAAGUUAGCGUUCUGAAGAUGUUGGGUUAGAAUGUCUUUUUCUUCACAACCCAGAGUUUUUGGAAAACAGACUUUAGGGUUUUGAUCCUUGAGUGUCAUAAGUUGGGAAUUUUACAUUUAUAGAUUGUUAGAUGGCACUCUAAUAAAACAAGCAUCAACUUGGAA